AGACCCACGGUCUGGGGGGUUUCCCUCACCAUUGAUCUGAACAAAGUGAGACUUUUCCGCCGGCCCGGAUUGGGAGGGGGGGGAAUCCCUGGCUCCUGCACCCCCAAAUCGGAAGCCAAAACCUGCUUCCCGCCUCCGCAUCCCCCACCCCCUUAUCUCGGGAUGUUGCUGCUGGUGCUUCUGCUGCCCCUCUGCUGGGCCGUGGAAGUCAAGAGGCCCCGGGGCGUCUCUCUGACCAACCAUCCUUUCUAUGAUGAGUCCAAGCCUUUCACUUGUCUGGACGGCUCAGCCACCAUCCCUUUCGAUCAGGUCAACGACGACUACUGUGACUGCAAGGAUGGCUCGGAUGAGCCAGGUACAGCUGCCUGUCCUAAUGGCAGUUUCCACUGUACCAACACCGGCUACAAGCCCCUGUAUAUCCCUUCCAGCCGCGUCAACGACGGGAUUUGUGACUGCUGCGACGGCACAGACGAGUACAACAGUGGCGUUGUCUGUGAAAACACCUGCAAAGAGAAGGGUCGUAAGGAGAGGGAGUCCCUGCAGCAGAUGGCGGAGGUCACCCGGGAAGGAUUCCGCCUGAAGAAAAUCCUCAUCGAGGACUGGAAGAAAGCCCGGGAGGAGAAGCAGAACAAGCUCUUGGAGCUACAGGCCGGAAAGAAGUCUCUAGAAGACCAAGUGGACAUGCUGAGGACAGUGAAGGAGGAGGCCGAGAAGCCUGAGAAGGAGGCCAAAGAGCGGCACCAAAAGCUGUGGGAGGAGCAGCAGGCUGCCUCCAGGGCCCAGAGGGAGCAGGAGCUGUCAGCCAACGCCUUCCAGGAGCUGGAUGACAACAUGGAUGGCGUGGUCUCCGUGGCUGAGCUGCAGACCCACCCCGAGCUGGACACGGAUGGGGACGGGAUGUUUUCGGAGGGGGAGGCCCAGGCCCUGCUCAGCGGGGACACGCAGACCGACGCCGCCUUGUUCUAUGACCGUGUCUGGGCUGCCAUCAGGGACAAGUACCGCUCGGAGGCGCUGCCCACCGACCCACCCGCGCCUCCCACCGCUGAUGUGCCGGAGCCCAGGGACGAUGAGCCGCCUGCACCCCAGCAGCCCGCAGAGGAAGACGAGGAGGAGGAGGAGGACCACGAGGAGGAGGAGGAGGAAGAGGAGGAAGAAGAGGAGGUGCAGGAGGCCCCGCCUCUCCAGCCCCCCCAGCCUCCCAGCCCGGGACCCGAGGAGGACAAGAUGCCAGCCUACGAUGAGCAGACGCAGGCCUUCAUUGACGCUGCCCAGGAGGCCCGCACCAAGUUCGAGGAGGCUGAGCGCUCUUUGAAGGAGAUGGAGGACUCUAUCAGGAGCUUGGAGCAGGAGAUUUCCUUUGACUUCGGCCCCCAUGGAGAGUUCGCCUACCUGUACAGCCAGUGCUACGAGCUCACCACCAAUGAGUACGUGUACAGGCUCUGCCCCUUCAAACUGGUCUCUCAGAAGCCCAAACACGGCGGCUCCCCCACCAACCUUGGCACCUGGGGCUCGUGGGCCGGCCCCGACCAUGACAAGUUCAGUGCUAUGAAGUACGAGCAGGGCACGGGAUGCUGGCAAGGCCCCAACCGCUCCACCACCGUCCGCCUGCUGUGUGGGAAGGAGACUGCGGUGGCCAGCACCACAGAGCCCAGCCGCUGCGAAUACCUCAUGGAACUGGUGACGCCCGCCGCCUGCCCCGAGCCGCCCCCCGAGCUGCCCCCCGACGGCGACCACGACGAGCUGUGAGCUCCCCUCAGCCUGCGGCUGCCGAGAGGUCCUCCCGCGUGUGAAGGCAGCCCCCGCCCUGCCACCCGUGCGUGCGCCCCUCUAUUUGUGGACUAAGGCCUGGCCCUCCCUGGGGGAGGAAUCAAGCAGGUCCCCACUUCCCGGCCUCAGUCCCAGCUGCGGCUUCCAAAGAUGGGAUUAAGAAACUGCCCUCCCUUGGGGCCCACCCCAGCCCCUGCCCUCCCUCCACCCCCUCGCCCCACUCCUGGUGGGGAAAUCAGAGAAUGUCUUGACCUGUGUGACCUCGGAACAAUAAAUGUGACUUU